AUGUCGUCUCCAAAUAACAAGUCUCCCGCCAAUGGCGAUGCCGGUGCCGCCGAUGAGAAACCGCGACUCACUGAAGAGGAAAAGAAGCAGAACCAUAUCGCAUCUGAGCAGAAGCGACGCCAAGCGAUUCGUGAAGGCUUCGAUCGCUUAACUGAACUGGUGCCUGGCUUAGAAGGACAGGGGAGAUCCGAGGGCCUGGUUCUGAAGCGGACAGUUGACUAUAUGCGUGAGCAGCUCUCAGAGAGGCAGGCUAUGGUUGAUCGCAUUGAACAGGCUGGCGGUGAUGUCGAUGAGAAACACAAGAGUCGCGAUAGCAACGAGCCGCGCCACAAUGGCAGCGCCGCGCUAUCAGCAUGA